UAACACACAUCACAGUGCUACUUCACUAAUUGUUGCAAUUUUUAUAUUUAUAUAACGGUAUUUUUGUCUAAUAAAUUCAGUAGUUCAGUUUUGAAAUUUAGUUACUGAUCAUUAAUAGUAGUUUUGUUUCGUUCUCAAUUUGACUAAAGAUAACAUUUAAAUAUUUGAAAUUAAUCUUAUUAAAUAUUUUUCUGUUUCGUUACGAAAAAUCAUGAGAAUCAGUUUACGUUCUACUGUAGUUGUUUUGUUGAUAUUUACGACAAUUCUGACUAUUGUCGAGUGUAUUCGACCAUUUGGACCUAAAAAAGGUAUAGUUUUUAUUGUUCCGUAUUUUUUUUUUUAUGAAAUUCGAAAUAGGUGAGUAUCGUUUGUUUGUUAUAGUAAUAGAUUAAUCAUUAAUAUUAAUAGUUACCUAUUUAUAUUUUCCGGCAACCCAGAAAAAAUGUAGUAGGUAUAAUUAAUUAAUUUUUGUUUUUAAGAUGGCACGCCACAAAAUCCUUCAAACCGUACAAGCAUAAAAGAUAAAAUAAAAUCAAGUAAUUAUUGUAAUUUAACUAAGAAUUAGAUUUGUAAAUAGUUAUUCUUAAAUAAAAAUAUAUUUGAUUAUUGAUUGUCCAAUACACUUGAUGAAUCACUAAAUUAAGAUUAUAUUUACAUUGCCUUGGACGAAAUUCUAUUUUUUUAUUAUUAUUUUUUUUUUUUUUGCAGAUGGACUUGUAAAGUUUAUAACCAAACGUAAAUAUAACCUAAAAUAUUAACAAAAUAAUAUACUUUUUUUUAAAUAAAAUGUUUAAUUCUAGAUGUUGGAGGAUCUUCAGGAAAACUCACAGAAGGUAAAAUUUUUUUUUUAUAGACAAUAAGUUUAUAUAAUAAUAAACUUAAUAUUUUAAAUAACGCAUAAUAAAUAUAUUAUGAAUACGAAAAUAAUAUUUAAAACAAUUAGUGGUUUAUCCAAUACAGUUGAUAUAUACAAGAUCCUUAGUAGAUAUAAUGGUAUGUCCACUUUUUAAUCAAUACAAUUAAACAAAUGGUCUUCUAUACAUACUUUUGAUAAACUCCGAGUAAAUUUUAAACUAAACCAAAAACUUGAGUUCUAAAGGCUUGGGUACUUUCAUUACCAUAAUUUAAUAUAUUCUCCAAAAAAAGUUUGACACACCCACAAACAUUUAAUCUCUUAAACGUUAGACUAUUUUUCUUCAAAUUAAUAUAUUAAUUAGAAUAUUAUCAACUGUCAUUAUAAAAAUUCAUAAUAAAGCGUCAGUUUGUCUAUUUUUGUAAAGCAAAGAUAUUUAUUUUUUGUAAUUUUAUAUUGUCUAAACAUGUAAUGGUCCAAAAUUAAUUUUCAUUUAUAGACAAUGUUGAUAAAUUAGUGAAACUAGUAUUGAAUGAUGCUGAUUUGAUAAAAUUGGCAGCCUAUAAGAAACUUGUCUUUUUGUACAAGGUAAAUACUUAUUUUAAUUUUAAUAAAUAUACCUGUUACCUGUUUUUUUUUUAAAAAAUAUUACUAAGAUGUGUUGUUCUUAUUCGAUGUGUUUUCAUUUUUAUUGAUUUGUCGAAUUUAAAGUGAUCUUAAAAUUUGCAUUAAAAAAAUUUGUUUUUUUUAACCAUUAAGAAUGCCAAGUCAGAUGAGGAUAGAAAACCGUUAAUCUACGGAAUUAUAAAGUCAGCUACGGAAUUAAUAUAUUAUUAUUUUGCGGAAAAUAAAGGCUCCAAAGCUAAAACAAUCUUUAAAGAAGGUAAAUUUUAGGUUUAUACAUUUUAACUUGGGUUUAGUUUUUACGAUGGUUCAUUAGAAUGUCCUUCAAUUUUGUUAUACAUAUAAUUUACGGUAAGUAUAAUUUUGCUUCUUUUAGGAAAUUAUAAUAUUUAAUAUUAUGUUAAGUGGUGUAUCAGGUCGACCAUAUAAUACGUCAUAAGUAAUUAAAUAAUUACAUUUAUUAAUACAAACGUUUUUUAAUAGAAAUUAUUAAUUUAAAUUCGAUUGUUUUUUAUUUGAACAAUUAAUUUUGUGCAAUUGUUUUUUUUUUUUUUUUUUAAAUCGAUUUUUAGGACAAUCGUAUGCAAAUAAAUGUAUUCAAAUAACUAAUGAAAAGGGCCCAUGUUUAAAAUGGAAAGCUCUAUUAGAUGCAUCUUUAUUUUUUAAUCUUAUGAAGGAAAAGGAUACUUCUUUGAAAAAAGAGUUCACACGAGUAGCAAAUAGUUACAAAAGUGCUGUUGAGCACUUACCAAACGAUAAAAUGCUUGUCAAUAUGUCCAAAAGAAUAGGAUGUGAGGUAAGGAAAACAUAAACAAAUAUAUAAUAAUAUUUCAAAUUUGAAUGGUUUAACUAAUAAAAUCAAAUUAUAUAAUAAAUGCGAGUAUCAUAAAAAAUCAUGUUUAUAACAAAACUGUUAGUAAAAUUAAGUAAUUAAAUUAAAUUAGUAUUAACGUGAAAAAUCACUUGAAACAAUUAUUUUUACUUAAAAAGUCAUAAAUAAUAAUUACAGAAACUAUAAUUAGAAAUUUGUCUUGGAAUAUCGCUACUGGUUUUACUGGUAAUUUUCUGAAAACCGAACUAAGAAAUUGAUUAUGAGAAAUGUGACAUCCAUUUAAGAACUUAAUUUCGUCACAAAUUUUAUUCAAAGAUUAAUUAAUAAUUAUAAUUAUAAUUUCGGUACUCUAGGAAACACGUACCACGAACAAUUUAUGGCAGUGUAAAUUAUUCGUAGUACUAAUAAAUAUUAUAGGUACCAACGGAUUAAAAAUUAUGAAAGAAAAAAACAAAUGUUUUUGUAAAAUAAUAUAUAUUAAAGGGAUUUGAAGCAGUGAUUUUUUGUUUUUGUCUUACACACGUGCAACAUAGAAAUUUAGACGUAUUCUAUUUCCACCGUACCGAUUGGUCUAGUAAAGCGAUCAGAAUUCUGAAAACAGAUUUGAAUUUGUCGUCAAGUCUACUUGAAAUCGACUUUUCUAUUUUUUUUUUUAUUUAUCUCCCUAAAUCUUAAAAAGAACCAUACUAAAAAAAAAAUAGAAUAUUUUAAUUUUUGGAGAAAUUAAAAUCAAAAUCCAAAAAAGUGGGAAGUAGUCUUGACGUAAAAUUCAAAUCUGUUUUUACAAUCAUUAUCACUUCACUAGACCAAUCAAUAGGUUGGAAAUAGAACACGUUACAUUCCUAUAUGUUGCACGUCUGUAAGACAAAAAUAGAAAAUUACUGCUUCCAAUCUUCUUAGUUCUGUCACCAAGUUUUCAAUAAUGAUUGAUGAUUAAAUUUUGAUAUUUAUUUUUAGUUUAAAAUAAUGGAAAAAACCAGACCGAAAUUUAUCGAUAAGAUAAAGAGUGUAAACACGUUAAACUCAGUUACUCUUUUUGGAGGACCAGGAUUCGAUUGCCUCAGCACGUUAUUACAACUUAAAGGCAGCAUCAAUGAUGAAGAAUCAGGAAUAUAUCCCUUAGAUUAUUUUCAUCUAAUAGGUAGGGUGUACGAAAAUCAAGGUGAAUGGCAAAAAGCUAUGGAAAAGCUUUUAGAAGGACGUUAUUAUGCACCUAUGUUAAACCAAAGGGUAAUAACAACAAUUUGUAACAAUUGGAUUUAAUUUUUUAAUAACUAUUGUAUUAUAUGACUAUGUAUAGUGCACCGUAUUAGGUCGGAAAAUAAAUUCCCGAAAAGUAUUUCUCAGAAAUACAAAAAAAAAAAAAAAAAACUAAAAACUGUAUUUGUCCGGAAUGUAAUCGCUGGAACGUAUAUUUCUUGACUUCACCGUCGACCGUUACUGUCGGCAUCGAUAUAACAUCAUGAUACAUAACAUAAUUAUUCAUAUUUGUAUAAUUAUAUAUUUAAAUUUCGGAGAAAUACUUUCCAAGAUUAUACGAGCUGUAUAAUUUUAUAAUAUAUAUUUUUUCGGAAUUAUAACUUUCCGAUCCGAGUACGGCUUUUAGUUCUUAGAUUCCGAAAAAAUUUCGGACAUAUUAUAUAGUCCCUCCCCUUGAAUGCCGAUUUGAGCCUUUUGAAUUUAUUAUGCGUCUGGUCACACUGUGGUGGUCCCGCCGCAGAAUAAAAACCCAUAUUUAUUUAUGGACGCGUCACACUACCCCGAUUAUACCGUGUUACGACGCUGGUCGCCGUUCUGAAUUGCAACACGUCGCGGUUUAUCUGUUUCCACCGCAUCCAAUAUUUCGAAUCUCUUGUCACUUAUGAUAAAUACGUAUAGAUUUCAAUGGAUCGUACUACAGAAGAAGUAAUUUUAUAAUUUUUUAAAAACUGCUUUAAUUAAAAAUAAAAGUUUAUUCGAUACGAUUACAAAUGUUUAUUGUGAGUGUGAAAAAACACGAAUGCUUAUGGAAAAUAAGUGGCAAAGAUCGUGCUGAUAAGCGUAUGAAAUUGAGGGCAUGGAAUGAUAUCGGAUUUGAUUUAAUUGAUGAGAUGAUAUCUGAUUUAGCUCUCCGAAAAAAAGGAAGGAAAAAAAUAAUUUAGAUCUUUAAAAUACUCUAGUCGAGUUUAUGAAAAAUCCCCCGAAGAAUUCGAUACCGAUAAAGUCUUUCUAUUAUAUUUUUUACCAGAUCUUAAAAAAAAUGAAUGAUAAUCAAAAAUUAGAUAAAAAAAUAGAAUUUAUAAAUUCAGUAAAACGGAGUAAACGAAUCUAUAAUAAUAGCUUCUCAAUCCAAUAUCUAUCUAUCAGUAUCUAUCUAAGUAUUCUCGACUAACAAAACUAACUAACAAAAUUCGAAUAAUCAUAAAAUUCAUCAUCGUACAAUGCAUUUUUUUCACAUUUUCAAACAAGCUUCCCACCUUAUUCAUAUCCAUCUACUUUUCCAGCUAUUCUUAAUAAUCCUUUAACUUCAAAUAUUAAGGAGGACGGUGUUUUAUUUUAAUAACUUAAAAUAAUUAUUAUUUUAUUAUUUUUUUAAUGGUUUGUUUGAAAUUAGUAAUAUCUUAUUUGUAAAUAUAUUGUUGUUCUCAUAAUUACACUGAAUAUUAUAUUUUGAAUUUAAUUAAACUAAGUUUCUAAAAAAAAUGAAUUCAAGAUUUAUCACGAUUUGAUAAAAAAAAUGUAUUUUAUUACUUAUUACUAAUUUUUAAAAACAAAUUUUACCCGGUUGUCAGAAUAAAUCUUUUCUCAGUAUAAACCGAACUUCGGAAUUUCGUUACUAGUUUGGUAAUGUAAGGUCAUAUUUUAAUCAUAAGCUCAUUAAAUGAAGAAAUAGACAUACGGUAAUAUGUAAACAAUUCAUCAGAAUUUAAUCUAAUUUUUCCAUAAAAAUUAAAAAACCUUCUAGUUUCCUUUUGUGUCUGAUGAAAUGGAUGGAUCCAAUACCGCUUUUCUUUUUUCGGAUCGUUUAAGUAGCCAAAAUACUUAACAACUUGUGUUAAAUUUAACAAUACAACCUUCAUAAAAUAUAUUAUUAUAUUAUAUAUAUAAUGAACUCAAUCAAUGUUUUGUGAAUAAUAAACUAUAUAAUAUUAUAAUAAAAAUCUUAAUUAAGUAUACAAAUUAUUAUAACAUAGAAAACACAGCUGAUGUUAGUUGUAUCUAAUUCAUAAAUGAACAGAAACUUCCACGGUUUUACCGUGCUAGUGUAGUUAGUGUAUACCGCACGGCUAAAUCAACACGGUAACAACUACCAUAGUGUUUUAUGUUAUUGUUUUUUUUUUCAGGCUCGUUUCGUUAAUAAAAAAAUGCAAGAUGAUUACGAAAAAAUUUAUCUCAGUAAAUUUGCAGACAAAUAAUUAUAUUGGGAAGUGUAGAAUAUUAUUAUCAGCUAAUAAAAAUGUGUUAUUUAUUUUAUACUGCAUUACUAUACGAUAUUACGAAUAUUGUUAUUAUUAUUAUCAUUAAUAAAUAUAGCUAAAUCAGAAUUUAUUAUUCGAUUAUUAUAGUCACUUAACAUUAAAUCUUAAUAAAAGUAUGCCACAUUGAUUAAUGAUUUGUUUUUAUUAUCUUACGUAUUAUUAUUCGAAAC